AUGGCCUCCCUACGCCCUACAUCCCGCCUACUCGCGGCCUCUCGACCUCUAUUCCUCACCUCCGUAGCCUCGAGAUCUUAUGCCACCGUGGAGUCUGCAUCCAAGGUCGCGGAUCAAUCUACCCCAUCGACUUUGCAAUCCCCAAGACUCAAGACCUUCAAGAUCUACAGAUGGAACCCGGACAAGCCCACCGAGAAGCCUUACAUGCACGACUAUACUCUCGACCUGAACAAGACCGGCCCCAUGGUGCUAGAUGCCCUGAUCAGAAUAAAAAACGAGCAAGAUCCGACCUUGACCUUCCGGAGAAGUUGCAGAGAGGGCAUCUGCGGGAGCUGUGCCAUGAACAUUGAUGGCGUUAACACCCUGGCUUGCUUAUGCCGUAUUCCUACCGAGACCACCAAAGAGUCCAGAAUCUAUCCUCUCCCUCACACCUACGUGGUCAAAGAUCUAGUUCCCGAUCUGACCUACUUCUACAAGCAAUACAAAUCAAUCAAGCCAUACCUACAGCGUGACACACCUUCUCCAGACGGCCGCGAAAUCCGCCAAUCGCCCGCAGACCGCAAAAAACUCGACGGUCUUUACGAGUGCAUCCUGUGCGCCUGCUGCUCAACCUCCUGUCCAUCCUACUGGUGGAACUCGGAAGAAUACCUCGGCCCCGCUCUCCUGCUGCAGUCUUACCGGUGGCUAAUUGAUUCGCGUGACGAGAAAACCGAGGAGCGCAAGGCUCACCUCGACAACAGCAUGAGUGUAUACAGAUGCCACACCAUUCUCAACUGCACGAGGACGUGCCCCAAGGGAUUGAACCCCGGUCUGGCCAUUGCGGAGAUUAAGAAGAUGAUGGCCUUCGCGUAA